UGCGGCGGUGACGCGAUGUCGGUGGCGCCGGCGGUGAAGCGCGAGGUGGAGCUGGAGAGCGGCGGCGGCAGCCCGGGGCGCAAGCGGCGCAAGCAGGCGGCGCCGACGCGUGCGCCCCCGCCGCCGCCACUGCCUGCGCCUGCGCCCCCGCCCCUCGACCUGCACGCCAAGAUGGCCGAUAUCUACAAGAGCGCACUCGCCUUCGGGGAGCUCGCGCUGCCCGCAUUCGAUCCCCUGGCUGCGUUCCGCCUGCUGCCGAGGCACGAACCACCAAGGAUCUUCAAUCCCGAGGCCUAUUGUGACCUCUGUUGUAAGGAAUUCUGCAAUAAGUAUUUCCUGAAAACGCACCGCGCUAACAAGCACGGCAUCUACGAUGGCAACGAGCCUCAGCCGGCGGCGCCCCCGCCCGCCCAGCCUUCGCCGCCGCGCCGUGCCUCCGAUGAGGAGUCAGGAGGUACGCCGCGCCGCCUCUCGCCUGACUCGGCGAGACGUGCCCGUGAGGCCGGCUUCCAGCCUGACGCUCUUCGACGCCUCGGUGUCGUCAACCCGGAGGCAUUCUGCGAGAUCUGUUGCAAGGAGUACUGCAAUAAAUACUUUCUGCGGACGCACCGGGAGCGGCGGCACGGCGUCCCUGCGCACCCAUCGCCAGCGGCAGACCGUUCGCCGCCAUCCCUCACGCCGCCGGGCAUGCCGCUCGUCACUUCGCUGAGCACGCCGCUCGGCACCCCACUCGGAACGUCACUGCCACCGCCGCUCACCACCCCGCCGGCGAUACCCACGGCACCGCCGGACACGCCACCACGGUCGCAUUCGCUACCCCCGCCGUUUGAUACUGAGGAGAUGGCGGAGGUAAAGCGCGAGUGUGAAGAUGAGCUAGAAGCAGCAUUCCGCGACGGGCAGACGAGUCCGCUCAACUUAAUUGUGGAGGAGCGUGGCGCAGCUUCACCAGGUUCUGCCAGCGAAGAGUUGCGCAAAUUGCAGACAAUGAUAUCCCAGCUGAACGAGCUCGCCGCCGAGAGACUCGCUGAGGACCCCAAUGAUGGUGGCGCACGACCAGCGUCAUCCUCGCCGCCACCACCAGACGAGCGGCGAGCGUCUUCCUCCGGCUCGAGCUUCUGCGAGAUUUGUAACAAGGAGUUGUGUAACAAAUACUUUAUGCGCACCCACAUGCAGCGCAUGCACGGGAUCUCGCUCGAAAGCGGCACGCAGCUGGGUGGCGUGACAUGCGACAUCUGCCACAAGGAGCUGUGUAGCAAGUACUUCCUGCGCGUGCACAAACACAACACGCACGGCAUUCCGGCGCCGCCCGCGCCCGCAUCUGCGUCGCCCGCCGAGCCGUGUCCGCUGUGCGCGCGGCGGUUCCGCGGCCCGCGAGCCCUGCGCGCGCACCUUCUCGCCGAACACGCGCCGCCGGCGCGUCCGCCACCACCUCCGCCGCGUCCUCUCGAUCUACUGGCGCGCGACAAGCCGUACGCUUGCUCCUAUUGUCCCUUCACCACCGACGUGCUCGCAUUCUUGUUCGCCCACGAGCGUGCGCAUGCGCAGCAGCAGCCUAUCGGUGAGGCGGCCGACACCGGCAGCGAUCCUCCCGUGCCGCCCGCCGAGCCCGAUGGUCCCGAGGGUGGCAGCGAAGCGACGGACGCGGAGGGCGAGCCGGAGGCGUCGUACUCGUGCUCCCGGUGCGAGUUCCGCGCGGAGGGCUUUGGCGCGCUGGAGGCGCACCUUCGUGCGGCUCACGGCGGCGCGGGCGCGCUGCUGGCGGUGCCGCGCGCCCCGCAGGCGCCGCUCACGAUGCAGCCGUUCGUGGUGGAGGAGGCGGGCGGGGCGCUGAGCCUGGUGCCGGCGCUGGUGUUCCUACCGGUGCGGCGACGCGCGACGCGGCGAGCCACGGUCACGCUGACGCUGACGCCCGCCUAGCCGGCGCGGCGCGAGCGCGCGCGGUCUCGUGAUUUCAUCGCCGCGCGCGCCCCCUCCCGCCCGAACUGUACUAACUACAUUUAACGCUGUGUGCCUUCAAGCGAUUGCUGAAAAAUAAUAUGAGACGUGAUUGUAUCGGAAGGGGGCCGCGCGCCCGAGCGCCACACCGCGCGGCGGCCCCCGGCCUAUGUUUAUUUUUCGUUUUGUCAGAGUCUAACUUCAUAUAUUGAGAAUUAUAUUUGUCGGGUGAUAUGUGAAACGCGGCCGCUUAUCGAGUUCCAUUAUUUAUUAUUUACGUGACGUCGAUGUUCCGCCGGUCGGUGGAGACGAGCUCGCGAAACGUCGAUAUCGUCGGGAGUCGAAUUACACCGUAGGAGUAAUAAUGAUUAAAGGUAUAAGGCGCGCGGGGCCGGCGCUGGCCGGGCCCGCGCGCCGUAGCGUCGUAGUGCCGGUGCGAUGUUGAUCACUGGCGCUCCGCGCGCACUCGCCGGCGACACGCGGCGACUCGCGGCACACGGGGCGCAACAACCGCUCUACCUCACGACGUUAGCUUUUAUAUUAGCUGUUAUCGUAUUCAUUAUAUGUUCGAGUUACAAUAAAAUACAAACGCGGCGACGCAUGCGCGCGCCGCGCUGUUUAUUGUUGUCUACGAGUGACUUAAAGCACAAAGAUACGUACUAUUGGGCAGUGAUCAACAUUAAACGUAAUUUUAGUAUUAAUUCGAUUAGGUAUGUGGUGGUGGGGGCUCGGUCUGACGGGUUUUGUUGUGCAACACAUAAUACGGGUCAUUGUUUGGGGCGCGUGCGCGGGCGCAGCUCGGCGCGCGCCCCCCUCGUUCGGCCGGCCUUUACAUUUAUACUUAUUUGUAACGUAAUCUAUAACAUAAUGUGUUACUGCGACGGAGCAGCGCGUCCACCCCGCGGCCGCCCGGCAACUACUACCUCACGCGCGCUUUACACUUUACAUGUCCACGCGUUAUACACAUGUACUAAACUAACGUUUACGCGAACCCUUUACUAUAUAUUAUAAUUCCUAACAUUUACACCAAUAUACAAACAGAAAGACUGAUUUUUUUGUCAGACUAUGGGCGAGCGGCGGGGUGGACCGGGCUGGAUGCCAUACAAAUAUUAUUAUCUUGAUAAUCAAGACUUAUUUGGGUAAUGAAGUAACAAAGUUUGUUUAAAUAAUUCAUUAUUCGGUAGAUCAGUGUGGAGGUUAGCUUGUACAAACCAUGCAGCUUCUAAACAAAGUUCCUAUGUAUGUACGUAAGUUGUAAUUAAAAUUAAAAAAACUAGAGGUCUCGUGCGGGACGGCUCUGCUCGGGGCUCCACAAGGAUAUUCCUGAUUUAGCUGACGAUAAAUUAAUGUGAUUGUGAAUCAGGGUAAACCUUACGAAACUAAGCUAUUCCAGAUUGUUCCUCUUGAUUGUUCCUACGUAAAUUGAAAUUAUUUUCAAGAUGACGUAAACUGCGAAGUUCUAAGUUUACCAAAUUAUUGUUAAGUGAAAGUCGAAGUUAAAGUUAAUUAUUUGUUUAAGUAGCACAUAUAGUUCCUAUAAAUUCUUCCUCAAUAUAAUAAAAUUCUCCAAUGUUGGAUGACUAUACAAAACCGUUACUUCCAUUUAUUAUCUGAUUAAAAAAUAAAUACUUACUAUCUGAUUAAAAAAUAAUAAACGAAUGAAUGCAAUGAAACUCACGUGUUGUGAAUCACAAGUCCUUGUUCAAACCGCGAUUUGACGCGGCGCGGACGCUCGAUUUAUAAACAUUUAGUGCGGUGUGAUUUUAUUGCGAUGAUUCGCUUUUUCUGAUUGCGAUCUUAUCAAACUCAAAAUAUUAAAAAAUAGUUUUUUUACAAUAUUAUAAAGAAUGAAUAUUUGUAUUAGUGAGCUGGUACAAAAGGUUUAAAACAAUAACAUACUAAGCAUCGGUUAUUGGUCAUAAUUAUAACAAUAAAAUUGGAGCACCAUCUUCCUCUAGUCUUCCUAACGCCAAACCAAACCCCGCGCAGAGCCGAAACGCGCGCGCGCGAUACAACAGAUUAUAUUAAAUAACGUUUUAAAAUAAUAACAAAAAUUAAUAAAAAAUUGUGCGCGUGGUGUCGACUGACUGCCGCCGCGCAUACUCCCCGACAGCAACACAGAGUAUGUCGAUAAAGAAGUUUUUAUUAUUGGAGUGUGCGUGACGUCACGAGGUCCGCGUCGUUGGAUGUAGUGAAAAUGUAUCGAAAUUGUGUUCAGAUUGUUUAUUUUGCUGUACGCGUUGUACCUUGAGUGGAGGGGAUUCAUUGGCCACACACGCGGGGCUGCGCUCUUUUAUAUGUCCAGUGCAGGCAGAAAUUAUAAAAACUGGUUUACGCAGUUAAGGUAUGGUAUUCGAUAUCUAAUGCAAAUUUAAAUUCACGAUGGAGUUAUCGUGGAAACUAAAAUACAAAGUGAAUAUGGGAUUACUUCCAUUGCAUUUGUACCUAAAUAUGUCGUAGUCUUAGGACAGAUCAUACCAUAACUUUUAUUAAGGGUUUUAAACUGCAGUCAUAAAACAAAAGUUAAAAAUGCAAUCUUUCAGUAGGUACAACAAAAAUGUAACUCCUCUUAUAUUUAUCUAAUACCAAAAGACUUCAAAUAUUAUUAUAGAGAUACGAAGUCUUCGGUUGUAAAAGGGAGAACAAAAUAAAAAAAAUAUUUUAUAAAUUCAAAGUCCUAUUUGACCCAUUUUGUAGCCGCGUUGCCAUUCAGGCUGAGGACUUAUGAGUAUAUAUUUGGCACCGCCUGUGUGGCCGUCACAAUAGUACAAAUAUACCAGAGCGUAAGGUAUCGGCGGUUGGUACUACAAAUAACAGUACAAAUUAAUAUUAAGCGGAAUGUUUACAGGUGCGGUUACGUUAAGGCAACAAUGUUAAUAUUAGUGUAUAUUUCACUCGGGUACAAUGCUCAUAAUCAGAUAGGUACAGUCGCACGAAGCACUAUCUUGUGAUUAUACACCAUGUAUUGUGCACGAUACUUGGAUUUUAUAUAAAACUUCAGAAUAUAAAGAAUUUUAAUUCGAUUUUAAUAUGUUCGCAUGCAGUCACGCAGAUUUAAUUUAUUAAAUUGCAUUCUUUUAUUUGCAAAGGAAAUGUCCCAUAAAUGUAAUGCGUAAAAAGUAUUUAAAAAUGUUAUAUUAUAUAAUUUUCAUUCCAUUUUUGUGACUUGAAUUUUUUCCCGUAUAUUAAAUUAUUUCUAUUCCAAUAUUAAUAUUAUGUACGUAACAAGAAUUAAAAAUAUUUAUAUUAUAAAAUUUUCAUUCCAUUUUUGUGACAUGAUUUUUUUCCGGUGUAACAAUUAAAUUAUUUCUAUUCCAAUAUUAAUAUAAUAUAUUUUCAAUUUUAUUUAAGUUUUGACUUUGUACGCUUUUAAUUUAUAGGUUCAAUUUAGGCACAGAUUAAAAUGUUCAAUUAUUAUAAAUGUAUCAAAAUAAUUCAAAAUAAUUUUGUACCCUCAAGGAAAAAAUACGUAAGUUUAAUAAAAAAAUCGUUCGAGUUGCAACAUUUUCUUUGAGGCUGCGAUAAUGUAAACAAGAAAAACUAAAAUUCUGUUUAAUUUUUAUAAACAGUACAUCAUGUGAUUUUUUUAUUAUGUUAUAAAGAACCAAAGAAAUAUUUAGGCAAUUUAAUGUGCAUGCAUACAACUAUAAUUAUAUUUUGAUCUCAUAAGUUCCUAUAUAUUUUUAAACAUUCCACAGUACUUGUAACGUGCUAUAACUAGUCUUUCACUAUAAAUUAAGUGCGACUGUAUAUAAUGUGAAUUGAGAUAAUUUGUUUGUCGGUUAAUUUAAAAAUAUGUUGUUCUAGUCAAAUUAUUUUGUAAUAUUUUAACCAACGUGGAUGUACUUUAACCGUAAGUAUCGUGCGGAGCGAAAUAUAAUGAGUGCUCUCACGAUGAUUUCGGAAGAAUUAAAGGUGCUGCGAAAAUUUUAUAAAAAUUUUUGGUAUUUUUUUUAAGAGACAUAAAUCCCGUUUUAACAUUAUUUCAAAUUAAUUCUGAAUAACAAUUUUUUAUGGUUCAAAAAAAAAUUUUUUUGUGUAUUUUUUAUUGACAUAUUCGGGUAUAAAACGUAGAAUAAUUAUAUCCAAAACGUCCAAAGUAAAUUAGUGUAACUAAUUCCCGAAAUGUUUUUUCUUUUUUACUUUACGUAAAUAAAUCUGUCGAGGUAAUUUUUAAAAUAUUUAAAAAUAGAAUUUGCGUUAUCUCCAGUAACAGUAAUUUAUAGAAUAUACUAAUUCUGUAUUGAUAUUAUUUAUUACCAUGACUGAAAUAUUUUUGUUAUUUCAAAGCCAGUAAAUCGCUGACUUGAAUAUUGAUGAUGCUUUAAAAAAGUAAAUAUUAAUAAUUUAUGGUUGAUUGAAUCCAUGUAACAAAAUCUUAACUCUGGACUACUAUUGCUGCGACAAGAGAGUGAUACUGCAGAGUUUAACAAACUAUUUUUUAAUUACAAAAGUCUAGAAUUAAUACGUUGGACAUCCACGUUGGUUAAAAUUGUAUAAUAAAGAUAUCUAUAAAGAGAAUUAUAUUCUGGCUUUAGGAGAAAGCCAAACCUUAUGCCACGGCCACACUGCGACAUUACAUUUAUUGACAUGUUUUUUAAAUUUGGAAAACGAUAAUUCCUAAUUUGAAAUUUUAACAUUAAAUUUUUAGGGCAUUCGAAAUUUGAAAAAAAGAACAAUUUUAAAACGAGUUCUAAUACAUUGCAUGUGUAAAAACAGUUUUUACAUUAUAUUUAUCUCAAAUUUUAUUCGAAUUGUAUUCUACGUUCAGAUGUCGCAAACUGUAUUAUUGUUUGUUGCGGCGACUUCUGGUUGUAAUUGUUGAUGUAUUACUUACAAUUAAAAUAAAUUUUGAGAUGAAUUAAAUUUUUGUAUGGCUAUUACGAUUAACACGCAAAUUAUAUACAUAGAUUAACUUUUUAAUUUGUACACAACAUCGAAAAUGAGUUAUUAUAUCGUAAUUGAGUUAAUCAUUUAUUUAAUAUCAUUCAGAAUUUUUCACAGUUCGUAAUUGUAUUACAACAGGAAAGUGUACAAUUUCAUCCCGAUGUCUUCAAAGCAAAUUAUAUCCUAAUUAAAUAAUUUUAAGAACGAAUGUAGUGUGGCAGUGCGGUUUGUGGUCGGUAUAUGUUCCUAACUCCGUCUGUUUGUUAAGUGUUUGUUUUUUCAGUAAUUAAACGAAGCAUUUCUACCGUA